AUGGCUUUUCUGAAAAGUCAAAGGCUACGGAAUUACUCAUCCAAAUUAAUUCCAACUUCAUUUGAUGUACCACUUUGGAACAGUCAGGUUGAUCAAGUCAUACGUUCGUCACCAAAAUCAAAUGCCAACAAACAUUCUUUUUGUAAUUGGGUCAAUUGCUUGUCGCCUUCUGCACGCCGGAUAUGGGCUCAUGAUGAUAUUCUUUUCAAACUACCAGUAUCAUUGCAACCAGUUCUCAGCGAAUUUGUUCAUGAUGAAACGUAUCAAACUGAUUCCACAGUUGGUCUUUCGACAUUUACUGAGGUAGGGCCAAGAUUAUAUCGGUCCGGAAACAAGGUAGCUGAUGAAUGUGAUGAUCGUAUCCGUCGUUUAGCAGAACGUUGUUCACUCGCAAAUAGCUUUCAACUAUUUGUAGAUGCUGAAGAUGGUUUUACUGGGAUUGGGUUUCGACUUUUAGAGAAUAUCACUGAAGAGUUUCCAAAAGCAUUCAUUUUUUCAGUUCCUAUCUAUAACACAUCAAUUGUAUCACGUAUGAAUAUGCGCUUACAAAAGAUAGCUAGUGUGAAUCAGUUAUGCCUGCUUAACAUCUUGGAGUCAUCUGGAGAUUUUCUGAGUCAUGGAUGUUGGCUGCCUAUGGAUAUAUCAGAAUUAAGUGAUCAUCACCAUUCUUGUCAAAAAAUGAGUGUUUUGGCUUCUGUUCUGGAUACAAUUACAACACCUUCAAAGUUGGCGCAUAAAUUAGGUGGUUUAAAUUUGGGGAAUCUUUUCUCGAUGACAAGUUAUACACAAGGUAGAAAAAUGCUCACUGUACAAACUGGUGUUUGUUGUGAUACAGCAAGCGAUGAUCAGCUAUCCUGGUACAACCUCAAUCCUUAUUAUAAUCAAGGAAAGAGAAUAUUUGGUGAAAGUAUGUCACCUCAACCUGUCCUUUGGCGUCAGUUUACGUCUAGAGGAAUAAAAGAUUCUAUACUAAUGGACAGUUUGUGGAAGAUAUGCAAUGAAACAAAUGAUUCCAAUAAGUUUGUUAAAAAUUCAGUAGAUAGCUUAGAUAUCCCAUUUUUAUGUGCAUCAGGAUUAGCUCGUUCAAUUUACACAUUACCCGAUUACCCCUUGCAGACUUCUGCAAUGAAACAAGUCAAUCCAUUAGCACAUUGUAAACAGUAUACAAAUACAUAUGCAGCAUGUAUUAUCGACGCGCCUAACACUAAUUCCUAUGAAUCAAAAACACUAGAAAAACUUGUGAAGUCUUUAUUACCUCAUAAAUAUCAUCCAUUAGAUAGUUUUAUGGAAGUGGAGACAUGGAAUGAUUUUUUGGAGUCUGUACAAACACGUUUAGUCGAUUCAUAUACGCGUGAAUAA